GUCUACUGGAUAAGCGCGUGAAUAAAAAAUAUCGGUACUGUCCGUUAACCAGUGUUGAUAAGUGCUUUGCUUCCACUGGACUACUUAGAUUAUUUAUUCUUGCAGAAAAGCUUAAGCUCGGCAAAGGGAAAUCUUCCAUGCGUCAAACUCGUGACCUCUUAGAGCUUAAGGCUUUCAUCCAACGCUGUCGACGGGCAGAUCUUGAUAAACUUAUAAAGUUAACCAAUCUUCCUCGUGGAGGUCUAAAGCAGGAUAUUCAAUUGAGACUUAUUUCCUACCUGGACCAGGAUCCUUCCACAGAAUUUCUUUCUGCCCUUCAUGAACUGAGGGGACUGAUGUAUAGUCCUGUCAACUUACAGUUUCAACAGUCAAAUGGGAAUUUCGACCCCCACUGUCCGUCAAACGAUCUUCCGUCAUCGUUUGUGUAUUUAAGAGACCCUACCAUUCGUUGUUCUACAGAAUCGUCAAAGAAUAGUUCAGGACCGAAUCCAUGUGUGACAGGUACAAAAACAAGCUGUGUAUUACAGAAAGAGCAGUUGCGUCACAACCCUUACGUUGUACAACCGAAUACAAGUGUUUUUGAACAAUCAUCUCCAGAUGAAUUAAAUUCUACGAGAAGCAGGCAACAAAAAUCUCAACAAACAGUUUCAUCCAAUGAACUCACACAAAGUUCACUGUUUCCAGGGAAUCCUGUGAUUAACCCAUCAGUUUGGUCAUCUUGGGAGUCUGUUAACAAGUUGUUACCUGAAAACCGAGUAACGACAUCUCAAUCUCACACAUCUGGGAAGUCCCAAAAUUUUAAUCCCCAUUCUCAAACAAAUGUUGCCCUUCCUAUCCCUAUUCUAUCCAAUUCAGCUAUGUCAGAUGGGCAUUCAGAAAUACAUGUGCACUCUGAAUGUCCUCAGAGUUCAAUCCACACACUCAGUACAGACUCAAGAAAAGCUGCUGUCACACACAAAAUAGGUCCACUUAUAACAUUGGCUGGAGUUGAUGGAUCGUUUCGGCUUCCCGCUGUUUUACCUGAAUUCAAUUUCAAAGAGUCUCCAUUUUUCAAACUGAUCGAUGUUCUUUUACCUCCGCAAAUCAUUCUCCCGGCCCACAUUGGUUUUGCUACUGGACGUCGAUCUUAUGACCGUUCUUUGGCCUUGAGGUUCACAUCUGACCAAGUCGAAACCAUUACUUAUCACUGCUGGCGUGGAUCUGACGAACGAAUGGAAUUCGGAGUGCAAGUUAUUAUGCGUUUUGCUCGUCUAGAUCCCCAAGCCUGCCAACAUCUAGUACAGACAUAUGAGUUGUAUGGUAGUCGCAAGUCAUCUAGUUUAUCAUUGGAUAAACUCAUUCAAAUACCAUUAGCUGAAGAUAGUUUACCAGUUCAUUUGAUAAUCCAAGUAAAUGGUCGGCCUAUCCAACUCCCACCUCUUUUACCAAGUAAUCGUCCAGGAAUGGAUGGACGUCGUAAUCCUAGACCUAUUAAUAUCACUCAGUCUCUUCAUGUUUCCCCUACUGUUCCAAACUAUAUUAAAUUAACUUGGACUCAUGAUUAUUCUAGCUAUACUUAUAAUGUUGUUGGAAUAUACUUGAUGCGUAGACGUUCGCCUCAACAAUUAUGUGGUCUUCUACAUUCGACUUCAUUUCAAAAUGCUAGUGUAAUGAAAAUGGAAAUCAUAAAAAAACUUAGUCCUAACGCUACCACUGGUAAUAUUGGUAGUGUUAACAACCAAAGUCAGUCUUUAGCCCGUAAUGAGAAUGACGAUGAUGAUGAUGACGAUUUAGUUAUGCCAAAUACACUUCCUGUUCAACUUCUUUGUCCUUUAUCUAAAUGUCGUAUUGAAGUACCUGUACGUGGACGUAAUUGUCGUCAUGUUCAGUGCUAUGAUGCAACAACUUAUCUUAUAAUUAAUGAACGUAAACCAACUUGGAAUUGUCCUGUAUGCGAUGGUAAAGCUGUUUACGAAGAUUUGAUAGUUGAUGGUUUAUUCUUAGAAAUAUUGAAUUCUAAACGUUCUCAAGAUCUAGAAGAAAUUAUAUUUCAUUCGGAUGGUUCUUGGUCGGCCCUAGGCGAAGAAAUGGCUUCUAAUCAAUCAGAAAAUACUAAUGAUAAUAAUACUAAUAAUAGUAAUAGUAGAAAUCCAUCUGAGCCAUCUCCGUGUACUGAUUAUAAUCAAUUAUAUAGUUUACAAGAAAGCCCCUAUGCUUCAAGUCACAUUACUUCAAAUUCAAUUAGGUCAGCUACUGAUUCAGCUGGUUCUUCAUUUGUACCAUCAUUUAAUACUUUGUCUCCUGCUAGUUCAAUAAAUUCGUUGUCUAAUCCAAACAAUUCCUAUCCUAAUACAUUAUCAAUGUCUCCUGCACUUGCUGUACGAACUGCAGCAAUUACACCAUUGAUAAGGAAUGAUGUGGACAAUAUUUCUGCCCCAAAUACAACAAAAACUACUUCUACUACUAGUACUACCAUUAAUACUAAUUAUCAGGUCUCGGUUACUGUUCAAUCUUCACGAGAUAAAGAACAAAAUCAGUAUAUAUCCCAAGAGAUUCCCUCCUUCACUAUUGACUUAACAUUAUCUGAUGAUGAAAAUGAACAACAGGGCAUAAGUGCUCGAGAAACUGCAAGUAGCAUUCAAGUUCCUACAAAGAACAAUAAUUCUUCUUCGCGUCCUAUAAAUACAGUUACAUCGUAUUCUUCUUCAUCAUCAUCGUCAUCAUCAUCUUUAUCACCGCAAUUCCCUCCUAGUGAUUUAUCUCAAUCUUCACAUUAUUCUGAAAACAAUUAUCAACAUCCAUUCUCAUUAAAUACGAGUAAUAAACCGUCUUCAACAGCAUUAUCAAGUACUUCUAACUCUAAAAGUUCUAAUCAGUCGAGUUCCAUACCUCUUGUUUAUUCAUCAGAACCAAAUUCUACACAAUCAGUUAGUGUUAGUCAAAAUCUUGGAGUCCCUAGUGUUUCUGUAACGAAUGUCCCUUCAAAUCAAAGGCGUUAUCCUCCUGUUAGCAGUGAACAGAAACUAGUACAAGGACCGGCUACUAGCAUACUUUGUUCUGCUACUAAAUCAGAUGUUCCUGUUAGUUUACCUUCAAUUGUCACUUCAGCAUCAUGUGGAGGUAAACGUCCAAGCUCAUCAGAUUAUAAUUUUUCAUCGUUGAAUUUCCAUCAAUCUGGGACUCAAUCUGUAAGUAAUAAUCAUGGGUUACGUUACAGUCCAACCGUUCACACUACAUCUGUUUCAAAUGAAUCCGGUCAGUAUUCUUUUCCAAUAGCAAAAGUACCUCGGAUUGAAAUUCCACAUAGUCAACAUUAUGGAUCGUCUUCAACGCAAUCUCAGGGAUCCUAUUCUAAUAAUAAUAAUAAUAAUGGUUAUAAUAAUUCUAGACGGUGUACAAAUAGUCCAUCUGGCUCAAAUUCAUAUACAUAUCAUUCCAAUAUAACUCGGCAGAUGCCAUCUGAUGGAUAUCAUAGCAACAGACUUACGUCGUCAACAUUCCAUUCAGGUCAAUCUUCCGAUCAUUUUUAUCCCAAUGAACAUACAACAAAUACUAGUAGUCGAUAUACAUAUUAUAAUCCUAAUGAAUCUGGCAGUAAUAAUAGUAAUACUAAUCGAACAUACUGCUAUUAUCCAUCCUCAAGACAUGUUAGUUAUCCUACAUCCGAUUCUGGAACAAUUUAUCCAUAUAAUAGACAAUCAUCAUCUCAUAUUCGUAGUCCUUACGAAACUCACCACAGAAAUGUAAUAAAUAACUCUUUGCCAAGAGAUACACUUCAUAAUUCACAAAUGAGGUCUUCUGAUAUAACUAAUUCAACAUAUUGUGGUAACUCAGUUGACUCACGUAGAGGAUUUCAUUGACGUUGCUUUAAAAUCGAUUUUCCUGAUAAAAAAGAAGAUAACCGUUUCAUUAUUUCUGAUGAAUUCUUCUUUCUCUGUUAAUUGAAUGUACACAUUUUUCAAUAAUUUGCUUUCUUUCUACCUUUUUGUCUUAAGCAAAAGAUUGAUUUGUAAAUAUUAUUCAUUUUUGUAGACAAUAAUAACUCAUUGCGCUUAUUGCCUUCUCUUUUUAAUGUAUAACAGAAUUUACACAGAUUACAUUUGCAUUUUCUUUUCCAUGUUGGUUUUUCUGUAAAUGAUUUUUAUUUUUAUGUAGACUACUUAAUAAAUAAACUGUAACAGGAUUAUUUAUCUAUCGUAUAUAUACAGUUAAUCUUUCUAUUUUCUACUGCCCACUGCUGUGACAUUAUGUCAACUGACGAAGUUUAGUAAAAAAAGCAUGGAUAAAUCAAAAACUAUAGUUUUUUUACUUUUAAAUACUUCUUUACUCUGUUAUCGACAUCAUUCGUUUUGAUUAAACGGCGUACACUUGAAAUUAAGAUGAAUAUGUAGAUGUACAUGUAUCUUAUCAGCGCUAUUUUAAACUUCAACACUCCAAUUAUGGUACAUGUUACAUGAAGUUUCCUUAUAAAGGGCGCCAUAUUUAUUACCGCAUUUUUCUAUCAGAUUAUUGUUCAUCUGUUAUUAACUAGGCUUAUUAAAUGACCAACCAAUUCAUUAUAUAUAGUUUUAUUUAUCUACCUUGUUGUAUAAAAUACAGUUAUGUCUAUUAUUAUCAUUAUUUUAUUCACGCUGUCUCUCUUCAAUUUGAUUGUAAUCAAAUCUAAGUGAAUGUCUACGUAUAUUCUAUUGUUUAUGUUGAGUUUAUAACUAUAUUCUUUGUAAAUGUUUUAAAGUAUUAGCGUAUUUCAGCUAUGUUUAUUUAAGGGAAACAUGUGAUUUGUAUAAAAGAGACUUGAACUUGUAUAAAACUAGUUUCCUUUUUCUUUCAUGUUUCAUGCUUGCCGGAUUGUUGUUUUCAUUGUAAGUUUUUGUGCAUGGAUAAUUUUAAUUAAUCCACUUCAGUUAUAUUUAGGUGCGGUUUUCUCAUGGAUAUGUUCACUAAAACGUCUACUGAAAUCAUUUUGUAUUAAUCAUCAAUAAAAAUUAGUGAUCUAUUGCAGCUCUUGGUGUAUAAGCGUUUAAUUUUCAUCAUUUUAUGCCUCAUGUUAUGUUUAUUCCUACUUAAACAUCCAAAUUGUUUCAUUAGCCUCCACAGUACUUGUAGUUCAUUGCUAAUUACUUAAACCGGUCACUAAGUUCCGUCAGAAUUUAAUUAUGUAGUCUUUUAUGCAGAGGACUGUCAGUCAUUAUUCUUUGGAUCCAAAAAACGUUAUACUGUCUCAUU